AUGGAACUUUCAAGUCAAGAAGCCGGGGAGAUCCCAAUCCCAAUAAAUAGUUCCUAUGGUGGUGGGCAUGGGCAUGGGCACAUGAUCCAUCAUAAUCAUCAUCAUCAUGACCCUGCAGCAGCAGCAGCAACAGUAGUGCCCCACAACCAUUCCAAUUUGAUUCCCUCCUCAGCAGUGCCCCAAAAUCAAAACCCCUCCAACACUAAUGGCUCUUCCAUGCCCACAAGCCUAGAUCAUCAUCACCAUCACCCCCAUUCUCAUCCUCAUCACGAGGAGGAGGAGCAUGUGAACAUUGUGCCCUACAGCUGUAAGAAAGUCGGGGUGAGGUACAAAGAGUGCCUCAAGAACCAUGCAGCAGCCAUGGGAGGGACUGCAACUGAUGGGUGUGGUGAAUUCAUGCCCAGUGGAGAAGAAGGCACCAUUGAAGCUCUCAACUGCUCAGCCUGCAACUGUCACAGAAACUUCCACAGAAAAGAAGUAGAAGGUGAGCAGCAGCCCUCCCCCUCCUCUUGGGAUCAUAACUUUCAUCAUACUAUCAACAGGGUUGGGGUUGGAAGCAGGAAGUUCCUAUUAGGCCCUGGCCAUCACAAGAAUUUACUAGCAGCCCCCCCAGAGGGCUUAGGGUACCAUACAAUGCCCUCAUCAAGAACAGCAGCACCCCACCAGAUGAUAAUGUCUUACAACAUGGGAAUGGGAAUGGGAAUGGGAAUGGGGAUGGGGAUGGGGGCCAUCCCUUCAGAGUCUGAUGAACAGGAGGAGCAUGAUGGUGGUGGGGCUGUGGGCAGGCCAGCAGCAGCACAGCUAGCAAAGAAAAGGUUCAGGACAAAGUUUACACAGGAGCAGAAGGAAAAAAUGUUCAACUUUGCAGAGAAAGUUGGGUGGAAGAUUCAGAAGCAAGAAGACUCUGUGGUACAAAACUUCUGCCAAGAGAUUGGGGUCAAGAGAAGAGUUCUCAAGGUUUGGAUGCACAACAACAAACACAAUCUUGCCAAGAAGAAUCCCCUACCACCCCCACCCCCACCCCCACCUGCUUAA